GGUACGGUCGGAUCUGGACACACUUGAGACAGAAAUCACUGUAUUUAUGCAGCGACGGCCAUACCAAAUCUCGGUACAAAUUAAAGUGUUGCUCUAAAUUGUGCUAUUUUCAUAUGCGUGUGCUUUGUUAUGUGUCCAGUGCUCAGUGAUUUACAUGUGAAAAAAUAAUUGCGGUUCUACCGAGGCUUUUUGGGUAGCUCUUUCCCUUCCACCUUCUUUACGAAGCAUUCUAUCUUUUUCUAUCGAGUGGUAAAAUCAGACAGAGUUCUUGUGAUGCGUUCUCGCUCGUUCAACAACGGCCUGUGAUUUAUCCCCUUUAGUUCCUCCGGCAUCGUGCGUGUACGUUUCGUCGUGUGUGUGUGUGUGGAUUAAUGUGCCGUUUCCGUGAAUUAUCGUGCAGUGUUUGUAGCUCGUCCGUGUUUUCAUCGCAUCAAAGACAGUGCGGUGCGAUCGAUUUCGGUUGCGAAACUGCAAUGGCGCAUUGGUGAGAGGGUUAUGUGCUGCUGUUGGGCCACCAUUUAACCACACAACCUGGUUGUGUUGUUUUGUUGUGUUGUUGUUGUUGUUCCGCAACUUUCCGUCCAAAAAACAUCCUCACCCCGCACACGCGUGGGCGAGAUUAGCACGUUCACACUGUUCUACUUCCUGUUCCUCCCACACAUCCCGUUCUUGGCCCAACGCAUUAUCCGCUCCGGCUUUGUGAAGAAAAGAGGUGAAGGGUGUGUAUGUGCGUGUAAGCCCCAUCAACCGUGACAACGGAACGAAACCCGCAAAGGGCCAAUCAACCCCCCGGACCAAAACUACCAAAGCAACCAUCAACCAAGCAUAUGCAGUAAGCAUUCCAAAUGCAGCUUUUGCAGUACGUGAACGCAACGUAAGCACAUAAGCCGGGUACGCGAAGAAAACAGUAAUAGACGAACGCGACGAAGGCAACGCGCACGGAAAACGGCUAAUUAGUGAAGGAAAGGAAGGAUGUCCACCAUGAUUAAAUGCCCACGAACUUUCACCGGAAAAUAGGUGUGCAAAUAAAAACCAACUGCACACCACCUCCCUCCACGACAUCGUCAACAUCAUCACUUAGUACUCCUACGCCCGGUAAUAUAGUUGGCCGCAGCAGGAAACGCCAAUCGAUCGAUUUGCGAAAAAAAAACGUACUGUGCGAAGUUGCUCCUUCGCGGCAAAAAUUCAAGCGGUGCCCGGUGGAAAAAGGCGAAAAACGGGGUAACAGGGACACUCUUCAUUUUAGCUACCUGAAGCGUUGGAAAACUCUGCGUGAAAUAAGGCUACAAACGAAGAGGAACGCAUCCACCAGCGAGUGUCCUUCAACUCUACCUCACCAAGAACAAAACAAGCCGGAAAGGCCCAGAGAACAGAGAGCGAUAGAACGGGAAGUAAGGGAAAGAGAGAGAGAAAAACGGGAACCAACACGGAGUUAAAACGGGUUUUAUUUGUGUGGUCGCGUGAAAGGGAAGCUGGCUGGAAUAUUGCAAGCUGUUAGAGCACGAAUUCUUGCUGUCGGUGAAUGUAUGCGACUGUCACACACAGCCAACCAGCGCGUCUAGAAACGGUCAAGGUCGUUUCGUGAGAAAACCCACCGUAGAAGCAAUAACAACACAAAAGGAGUACAAGCUAUGUUGCCCACCUAUCAACGGGUAGGCAGCGGUACCGGCGGCGGUGGUACGACGAACGGAUCGGUCACGAAUCAAUUCCUCGGUCGGCGAUCGUUCCGGUCACGGGAAAAAUGUCUCAUCCUGCUCGUUCUGUCCACAUUCGGGUUCGUCUGUUUUGGCGGAUUUUUCUUCCUGCCGGAUAACUUCAGCGCGGACCGGGUGUUGAAGGCGUACAAACAGUUUCAGCGGGCAGGGCCGGAAAUUUUCAUACCGGCGCCCCCACCCGCCCAUGGCCGUACCGGGGAGGAGGACAUCCACAAGCAGGACGAUCGGGUGAAGCUGCAGGAGAAGAUACGGAAAGAGCUGCCGGACGAUUUUCUCGAAAAACCAGAUACGGGCGGUGGGGACGAUGGUGGUGGGGGAGGUGAAGAACCGGACGGUGCCGGUGAGCCUGGGCGGGAGGGAGGUGGACCGAUUGAUGAACCGGAUCAGGCGAACCGGUUGCCCGGUGGGGUAGGGGUAGUGGCCGGACCGGCCAUCGAAGGUCCGGACGGUGUUGUACAGCCGCCCCAAAACGGGCUGGAGCAGGAGGAUGGUCCGGAGCAGGAACAGGCAGACCGGCGUCAUCAGGGAGCCCGGUUCCCGGCCAGCCUUACCUUUAACGCGACUGUUGGCGAAGAUCCUGAUCUAGCGGUGCGGGAAAAACGCAACAAAGUAAAGGAGAUGAUGAUGCACGCCUGGAGCAACUACAAGCUGUAUGCGUGGGGCAAAAACGAACUCCGACCGCUGUCGAAGCGUGGCCACAGCAAUAGCAUCUUCGGUUCGUUCGAUCUCGGUGCGACGAUCGUGGACGGGCUGGACACGCUGUAUCUGAUGGGCCUGCACAAGGAGUUCGACGAGGGGCGCGAAUGGGUCGAACGGAAGUUUACGCUCGAAAACGUGGACGCGGAACUGUCCGUGUUUGAGACAAACAUACGCUUUAUUGGUGGCUUUCUCACGUGCUAUGCCUUCACCGGCGAUCGGAUGUUCCUCGACAAGGCACGCUACGUGGCGGAUAAGCUGCUGCCUGCAUUCCAGACACCGACCGGUAUCCCGUACGCGUUGGUUAACGUACACAAUGGGGUGAGCAAAAACUAUGGCUGGGCAAGCGGUGGCAGCAGCAUCCUGUCCGAGUUCGGGACGCUUCACAUGGAGUUUGCCUACCUGAGCGAUAUCACCGGAGAUUCGGUAUAUCGGGAGCGCGUGCAAACGAUACGCGCCGUACUGAAGGACAUCGAAAAGCCGAAAGGUCUGUAUCCGAACUAUCUCAACCCGAAAACGGGCAAGUGGGGCCAACAGCACAUGUCGCUCGGUGCACUCGGGGACAGCUUCUACGAGUACCUGUUGAAGGCGUGGAUCCAGUCUGGUCACGAGGAUUCGGAGGCGCGUGAAAUGUACGACGAAGCGAUGCAGUCAAUCAUAAAGCACAUGGUGCGCAACACACCAAGCGGUCUGACGUACGUGUCCGACAUGAAGUUUGAUCGACUCGAGCACAAGAUGGAUCAUCUGGCGUGCUUUGCGGGUGGUCUGUUUGGGCUGGGCGGUACCUCGCUGAACAAUCAGUAUUCGCAGCAGUACAUGGAGAUUGGCGAGGGGCUAACCAACACUUGCCACGAGAGCUACAUCCGCACGUACACCCGGCUCGGGCCGGAAUCGUUCCGUUUCAACGAUGGUGUGGAGGCGAAGGCACUGAAAGCGCAGGAAAAGUACUACAUCCUGCGACCGGAAACAUUUGAAAGUUACUUCAUCAUGUGGCGGUUAACCCACGAUCAAAAGUAUCGUGACUGGGGUUGGGAUGCGGUACAGGCACUUGAGAAACACUGUCGUACACCGACUGGCUACACUGGACUAAAGAACGUUUAUCUAACGGAACCGGUAAAGGACGAUGUGCAGCAAAGUUUCUUCCUCGCCGAAACACUCAAGUACCUCUAUCUGCUAUUUUCCGACGACUCCCUGCUACCCUUGGACGAUUGGGUUUUCAACACGGAAGCACAUCCAUUGCCGGUGAAGGAUCGAAAUCCGCUGUAUCGUCCUGCUGCUGGUUCCAGUUCACCAUAAGCACGGACGGUCUAAACCGGGGCAAGAGAAUGAGGUGGUUUUAGUAGACGGUGUUGAUCAUCUCCACACCGAGCCACACGCCGCCAUCUACAACCACCAUCAUCGAUCGUGAUCGCUCGAGGUCGGAGCUGUAACGAUUUAAAACACACUACACACCUACCUAAACGCAAGAUUUCUUAUCCAUAUAUCAAUAUCGAGGGCCCUCAUGGUGUCAUGGUGGUGAAAACAUCUCUCUCCACCCGAACGACCUACGGUUAAUUUGUUUUCUUGAGCUUUGAAUUCUUAACUCCAACAACCCACACACCUACACAAGCAAUAAGGACCCAACGCGAAAUGCUAGACUUUCAUUAGAGCAGUAAAACAGCAAAGGAGUAAGUACGCAUUUCGACUGUUUCGACAGAGGAAAAGAACUACGGAUGUGAUGUGUUUACAUCCCGGGAUCAGCAAGAAGCUACACAUAGCCCACGAGCUAAGAUGAGGUCGACAUCGUUUGCUUUAUAAAACGAAGUGCAAGUAGAAGAUUGCCUGCAGUUAACGUGCCAAUAAGGGUGUGAUGAGGAUGUUGGAAUAGGGGGGUACAACGGGAG